CUGUCAAGUUACCUUAUUAUUAAAACCGUGAGAAAUUUUAUUUUUCAGAAAUGUGAUUAUAAAACAGAGGACUUCGACUACUCCUCCUCCAUCUUCUCCUCUGAAUUGAACAAAGAAUGGAUAUCUCAGGCACCAAAUUAUCCUACCCAGAAAGUGCUGGAGACCAUUUUGACAGGGCAAAAGAGGUACAGGCUUUUGAUGAUUCGAAAGCCGGAGUCAAAGGGCUAAUUGAUGCCGGAGUGGUAAAAGUCCCAACGAUAUUCAUUCGCCCGCAGGAUGAACUGUCUGAGGAUUUGAAAAGUCCACCGGUAGAGAUGCAAGUGCCGGUCAUUGAUCUCGGGAGCAUUGGAGAACAUCAUAGUCGGGAAAGAGUUGUGAACGAAAUCCGGCGUGCGUCGGAGGAGUGGGGAUUCUUUCAAGUCGUCAACCACGGAAUCCCGUUGACUGUGCUGGAGGAAAUGAUUGAUGGAAUAAGAAUGUUUCACGAGGGCGAUCCGGAGGUAAAGAGAGCGUUGUAUUCGCAUGAUCGGACGAAAAAAGUGAGAUUUGAGAGUAACCACAGGUCAAAACAUGUGAAUUGGAGGGACACCUUGACCAUCUCUAUGCCUGUUUCUGACCAUCUUGACCCUGAUGAAAUUCCCAGAACCUGUAGGGCUUCAACAAUCGAGUAUAUCAAGCACGUUACCUACCUGAGACAUACUCUAUUUGAGUUGUUAUCAGAGGCUCUUGGCCUUGCACUUGACCACUUAGCCGCCCUAGAGUGUGCUAGAAGCGGCACUUUCGUCUGCCAUUAUUAUCCAGCAUGCCCAGAGCCAGAGCUGACUUUAGGAACUGGCAAGCACUCAGAUCCUGUCUUCGUCACUGUACUCCUACAAGACCAACUUGGAGGCCUCCAAGUCAUGCAUAAAAAUCGGUGGGUUAAUGUUAAACCGAUUCCCGGAGGUUUGGUAGUUAACAUUGGGGAUCUUCUCCAGAUCAUAUCUAAUGACAAGUUCAAGAGUGUUGAUCAUAGAGUGUUGGCAAACCGUGUUGGACCGAGAAUUUCUGUGGCAAACUUUUUCACUGGGGUUUUUGAUCCUCCAAAGGUCUACGGCCCUAUAAAAGAACUGAUAUCAGAAGAAAAUCCUCCAAUAUAUAGGGAUUUUACGGUAAGCGAUUACAUUGGAAUUUUCUUUUCGAGGCCGCUUGGCAAGCCUGGGCUCGACUAUUUGAAGAAAUAACCCCAGUAGGAAUUACAGGGAUUGCGUUUCCACACACCACAUUAUGUAGUAUAUGAAUAAUGUUUCUGUACGGUUGUAUUGUGAUGACCUUUGAAUUGUUCCUUUCUACUACAGUAGUACUUUGUAAUUCAAAUUAUAUAAGCUGUCUUCUUGUUUUCUGGUACUUUAUACGGACAAUAAAACUACCAAUGCAUGCAUUCUAUUGGUCUUCUAAA